AUGUAUCUGUGGAAGAAGAACAAACCACCUCCUAAGGAGCUGCCACUCUGUCCUGGCCCAAAGCUCAACUUGUUUCAACAUCACGAUUCCCCGAUUGAAUGGAUUGAGCGAUUAGGAGACUAUCAGGGAGUCCCAUUCGAAGGCUACGUGUUCCGAGCAAGAAUUAGAAACCGGGAGUAUGCGAUCAAAGUGUUCAAGUUCUUCGACCCUAAUGCAGAUCCAGAUCGGUAUAAUUGGAUACUAAAAGAUCCUUCCCCGGAAAACAUUGCCCAUUCCGAUGACCCAUUUUAUUGCGAAUGUAAAGCUUACGGCCGGAUCAACGAAUAUAUAAAGAAGAAAAAGUCGCCGUCGCUUAAAAAUAUUGUCGCCCCGUGUCAUGGCUUCCUCUUCCUCAGUCACAGGGAUAGCCGCGAAUUGGCUACGAACUUCGGCGUUGACCUUGGUUGGGGAGAAGUCGACCUGGAAUAUCAGCAAAACACCCUUUGGGGGCUUAGGCCCAGGGCUAUUGUCAAAGACCUUGCGGUAGACACACACGAGUAUUGGGAUGGCAAAAUAUUGAAUACAAUGCUCCAGGGAAUCUUACGCCUCAACCGGCACGGCAUCUACAACCGCGACAUAAAGGAGAAUAACUAUGUAGGCACACAACUUGUCGAUUUUGGCAGGGCGUGGACAAUGCCGAAUCUCAUCUACGAUGGCCUCCCUGAGUGGCAACAAGCAGGCGAACUAUAUAUUGAUACCCUCAGAUUCAAGGAGAUGGUUGAAGAAUUGUUUGAGCGAGAUUUCAUUACAGCUGAGGACCUGCUGGCAAUAAGGCACCCCAUGAAGCGUCGGUCAGACGUGCAUAGCACCCCAGGGGAGCUUUUAAAGCUUCUGGAGGACAACCACGACGACGGAGACGACAAAGACGACUGA